UUGCUUGUUAUAAACAGCACACUAACUGAGCGGAAUUUCAGGAGGCUUCUGCUUGUGUGCUUAGGCUUAUUGCAUAUUGCCGCCUGUCAAAAUCGCGCACCUCGCCUAACCGGGCCAUUGACAGCGGAUUUUCAACAUUGGCUGAUAGCAAAUGGAUAUGAAUCGGAAAAUUUUGACCGAUCCGAUGUCGGACCGAGUGGAAGUUUUGGUGGCAGAACCCGAAGGAAUCAAAUCCUUCAUCAUGAGCCAGUAAUCUUUAUUCAUGGAACAGCCGAUGCUGCACUGUAUAUUCAACCACCAAUUGCUACUGGUUGGACACGUUCAAUCCAGUAUUUUCUGGAACAGAAUUACACAUCUGCAGAAUUAUAUGCAACAACAUGGGGAGAAACAUGGGCUGGCGGUAAUUUGGUUGAUGCACACAGCACCAUUCAUACCUGCACAAAUCUUAUGUACCUUAGAAAAUUUGUUCGCGCUGUUCUCGAGUACACUGGCGCAGAAAAAGUCGAUGUUAUUGCUCAUUCAUUUGCUGUCCCACUAAUGAGAAAAGUAUUGAAAGGAGGCGGUCUAAUUGCUACAGACGGAAACUGUUCAAUUGGGCCUCCACUAACUGAUCGAGUGGAUACAUUCCUCGGUAUCGCUGGAGCCAAUUAUGGUCUAUGCAUGUGCCAGUUUGCUCAGACUAUUCCUGCUUGGUGUAAUGCUCUUGAUGGUCUUUAUCCGGGCUACACUUGUGAAGACCAGAUUCUGUGCGGUUAUCCAGACGGCGAGUGUACACAGAAAAACUACUCAGCGUUCCUGGAAGGUCUGAACAACGAUCCGACUCGUGAAGCUGAACAUGUUUAUGCGAUGUGGUCAGACGUUGAUGAAACACUGCUAUUUCGUGGCAUGACCUGGGGCAAACCGACAAGCCGAAUCCCGGGUAUGAACGGACGAUGGGUUUCUGAUCGAAACAGUCACACCGCAAUGAAGGAUCUCACUGAAUUACGGCAGUACGAAGCUGUUGUACAUCAUUCAAUUUAA